AUUUCAAUAAUGACGGGAAAUCUUUUGACGAGGGAAAAGGAAUUUUAUCGGAUGAAUAAAGAACUCGAUGAGGAAACGAAGGAACUCAUGAAAGAAAUCGAUCAAGUGACUAAAUCGAAAGAGUCUUUUACAUUUAAAUCGCAGUUUCCUUCAGCAUUCGACGAUUUUUAUGCCCAGUAUCCUCUCCACAGCCCCCGAGAAGAAAAAAAAAAUAAUGCACUGGCGUGCGAUGCAGAAUCAAUUCUGUCACCAAAGCCCGAUAACUCGAAAAACGAAGCGGUUAUCCGAGUUCUUCAGAAGAAAAUCGAAGGUCUCACAACGGAAAUUCAGACGAUGAAGGAAGAGUUGAAAAAGAGUACGAGUCGUUGCAGAGAUUUGGAGGCAGAGAAUCAAAGAAUUUCAGGAGUGAAAGAUAAACUCUACCACCAGAACAAUUCGCAGAAGGAGACGAUAGCCAAACUAGACGUACAGGUAAAUCAUCUCCAGGGAAAUUCCCAGGAACAAAUGCAGGAGAACGAGUCUCUGAGGAAGGAAAUUGAUUCCCUGAAAAGAGAAGCCAAACAGCUGAGCCAACAGCUGCACCAAGUUGAUCUGCGUCUGACCCGAUCUCUGGAAGAAACUGAGAAGCUGCGAUCAUCCUCGAGGUGCAGUAAAAUCGAGGAAAAGGAACUCAGGGCCGAGAUAAAAAAGCUGAAAGACAACGAGAAAAAUAACAUCAGAAAAGUGCAGAGGCAAAAGGCAGAGAUCCUGCAGGCGUUCAAAAAACAAAUUCUCCUGGUGGACAAUCUGAAGAAGCAGAAGGCAAUGCUCGAGGUGUCGAGACAGGUUGAACUGACUCAUCAGGAUCUGUUAUCGAUAUUAAAUUGGAAAUCUGUUGGGAAUUGAGACAAUGGGAAUCUUUUCCUCUGAUCAGUUCAAUUUUUUUCACUAGAAAGUUUAAUCAAGAGAAGAAGAUUCCCAGAAUCAAUUAUCACUCGAUUAAUAUUAACACUUAAUCCGACUAUCCAAGGGUGUAAACAAAAUCAGUAAAAAAAAUAUCAGGAUUUAUAACGAAAAUUCUCUAUUACAAUCUCAAAAUAAUAUAAUAAUGGUUAGUGACACCGGUCGUCUUCAUUUCAUUCCCCCUUCUCAACUCGUGGUCCUCCAAUUUUCACUCCCCAAAAAUGAGAACUAAUAUCAGAAAAUGACGGGUUCCACAUUUAUUUCCAUCCUCCAAUAAUAAAAAAGGAACUAAACAAAUUUUAAAUACCACAGUGAAAACGUUCGAACGUCGUGUGAAGUCUUGCAAAGAUUUAGAACAAUCUCCUCAAAAAUUUUCAUCACUACCAAUCGCUCCAUCAAAAAAUACCGACCAUUUCCACCCCGAAUUGAUUAUUCCUUUAUCAAAGAGAUCUGGAGAAUGUUAUUUUUUCACCGUUCCUCCUUCCACGUUAACAGAAUAGAACAGAACAGAUUUACGUGAUGAUGAACUAAGAAUAACCAGAAAUUGUCGCAGCACUCGACAAUCCUGUCCGACAUAAA